AUGGAUGAAUUAGAUAUUGUUUAUAGAAUUCGUAAACGAAUAAAUAAUCUUGAAAGAAAAUUAAAAACUUUGACUUAUGAAAAUGUUCAUGGGAAUUCAGAUAUAAAUAAACGAACUGUUGCUCGAAUAAAUAAAAUUCAAGCCGAAUUAAUUAAACUUAAAGGUAUACAUAAUGAUAAAAUUUCUAUAAUAUAUUCAAAUUUAAGUAAAAUAAAAAAAAAUUCUUCAAUAAUAAAUGAUAUAAAUAUGAAUAUGAAUAUGAAAAUAUCUGAAAUUGAUAUUGGAGAUAAACUAACAAAAAUAAAAUUAACACCUAUUUCAUUUAAAUUAGAUGAUAAAAAAGAAGCAUUAAAAAAUAUAAUUUAUCCAAAUGAUGGUAGUGAUAGAUAUAUAUUAAAUAUUCUAUCACGAUAUAGAACAAUAAUUAAUAAAUCAAAAGAUUUUAUUAAACAACCAUUUAAACUUAAAAAUGAUUCAAUUGAAACUGUUAUUAUAUUACUUGAUUAUUUUAUUCGUCAAUAUCAAGGAGAAAUAUGUUUUACUAAUCAAUUUAUAUCUUAUUCAGAUUCUAAACAAUUAACAGCAACUGGAAUAAUUAAUUUAUCUUCUCUUCAUUUAAUUACUGCUAAAACAAUAUUAACAGCUACAUUUUCAAUUAAAAUAAAUCUUAAUUAUGAUCGAGAUCUUGCACAUUCAAAUAAUACAAUGAUUAAUUUUAUUCUUGAUUUAAAUAAAUCAUUAGCUCAUUUACUUAAUUGUAAAUAUGAUUUUAUUCGAAUAUUUUCUAUUGAAAAACUCGAUUAUAAACGUGGAAUGAUUAAAGUUAAUAUUGGUUUAACAACACCUGAUAUAUAUCAAACAGAAUAUCUUGCUAAACACUUUCAGAAUCUUGUUCGUCGAUCUGAUAUUCAAAAUGAUAAAAUUCUUCGUUUUAUUCAAUCCGAUUCUUAUGAAUAUGAAUUACUACCUAUUGUAUCUUAUCUUCAAUUAAGUUCAAAAGAUUUUAAUAUCAAUUUAAAUAAUGAUUAUAAACAAAGAGAUUUUUCUAAACAAGAUCAAUAUUAUAUUCCAAAUGAUGAUUACUUUCGUCAUGAAAUAAAUCUUAACAAUAAAUAUAUCGAUAAUAAUAAAUUCUUAUCAUCAUUUGAUAGAAAAUCUUUUAAUAAACAAUAUCCAAUUGUUUAUCAUGGUACUGAUUCACUAACAUUAAAUAAAAUAAUUCAACAAUAUAAACUAGAAUCCAAUUCAAUUAAUGAUCAACAUAUUCAACAAAUAAAAACAAAACAUAAUCGAUCAUCGAUUUAUUUAACAACAGAUUAUAAUAUUAUUGAUAAUAAAUAUACAAGACCAUUAACUAUAUCAAAUGGAGAUAAUAUACAAACAUUUAAAAUUAUUUUUCAAUAUUAUCUUAUACCGAAUUCUUCUACUAUUUAUAUUGAUAUUAAUCAUAGUGGUCAAUUAUGGCAAAUAAAUGAUCCACAAUCAAUUCGACAUUCGGCUAUUUUACUUAAAACAGAAACAACACCAACAUUAUUAUAA